CAGUGAAGUGGAGUGCAGGCCUAGGGGACCGAGGGCGGAGAGCAUGCGUUUCUCCCUGCGUGACGAGCGCCGCGCCGCGCUUGGCUUUCCUGCUCCGGAGCCCGGAGCGACGGCUACGGUCCAUCUCCUCCCGGAUUUCGGCGUGCCCGGGACAGGACCGGCUCCGGAUUGGCUGCCGUCGUCCGACCCCUUUCUCCGUCCGCCAGUACUUGUCCUCCGCCUGCGCCUGCGCGAUGGGCCGGCCGUGGGGGGCGGGAAGCGCUUCGCGGCAGCGGAGCCCAUGUCGGCCCUGAGGCGCUCGGGCUACGGCCCCAGUGACGGCCCUUCGUACGGCCGCUACUACGGGCCCGGCGGAGGCGAUGUCCCGGUGCACGUACCUCCGCCCUUAUACCCUCCUCUUCGCCCCGAGCCUCCCCGGCAUACCGUUUCCUGGCGAGGGCGCGGGGGCGCCCCGGCCGAGACCACCUGGCCCGGAGAAGGCGCAGGUGGCGAUGCCUACUACCCCUCCGGAGGCGCCUGGGCAGAGCCGAGCAGAGCCGGAGGCGGACACCAGGAACAGCCACCAUAUCCAGGCUAUAAUUCUAACUACUGGAAUUCUGUGCGACCAAGGGCCCCAUACCCAAGUGCAUAUCCUGUGAGACCAGAGUUACAAGGCCAGAGCUUGAAUUCUUAUACAAAUGGAGCAUAUGGUCCACCAUACCCUCCUGGUCCUGGACCAAAUACUGCCUCAUACUCUGGGGCUUAUUAUGUACCUGGCUACACUCAAAGCAAUUACUCCACGGAAGUUCCAAGCACUUACCGUUCACCUGGUAACAGCCCAACCCCAGUCUCUCGUUGGAUAUAUUCCCAGCAGGACUGUCAGACAGAAGCACCUCCUCUCCGGGGUCAGGUCCCAGGAUAUCCUGCUUCACAGAAUCCUGCAAUGACCUUGCCCCAUUAUCCCUAUGGAGAUGGUAACCGCACUGUGCCACAGUCAGGAUCGACUGUCCGACCACAAGAUGAUGCCUGGGCUUCUGGUGCUUAUGGGAUGGGGGCCCGUUACCCCUGGCCUUCAGCUGCACCCUCAGUCCCACCUGGGAAUCUCUACAUGACAGAAAGUGCUUCCGCCUGGCCUGGCAACAGUUCUCCUCAGCCACCUCCUUCACCGCCACCCCAACAACCUAAGGACUCUUCCUACUCCUAUAACCAGUCGGGUCAAGGCCUGAGCCGACACGGCUUUCCUUGCAGUGUCCAUCAGUAUGAGUCUUCGGGAGCAACGAACAAUGAGAAUUCAGACCUUCUGGAUUCUCAAGUCCAAUACAGUGCUGAGCCUCAGCUGUAUGGUAAUGCCACCAGUGACCAUCCCAGCAAUCCAGUUCAGAGUAAUAAUCUCCCUGAAGAGUGUUUCACUUCAGAUGAAGGCACGCCUCCAAGUAUUAAAAAAAUCAUACAUGUGCUGGAGAAGGUCCAGUAUCUUGAGCAAGAAGUCGAAGAGUUUGUAGGAAAAAAGACAGACAAAGCAUACUGGCUUCUGGAAGAAAUGCUGACGAAGGAACUGUUAGAACUGGAUUCUGUUGAAACUGGGGGCCAGGACUCUGUCCGUCAGGCCAGGAAAGAGGCCGUCUGUAAGAUCCAGGCCAUACUGGAGAAAUUAGAGAAAAAGGGAUUAUGAAAUAAUUUGGAAUGAAGGGUAAGCCUGUUACUCAUGUGGCCAAAGAACUCUUGGAUUUGGUUAGUUACCAUCUUUUGAAAUGCCUGUUAUGACAAGAACAACACAUUC